UUUCUUUCGUCCUGCUUGAAAUUCAUCUCGUACGGACACGUUUAAGGGGGCAGCUAGUUUCAAAACUCAAUCUUGAACUGCCCCGUGGACCGGAUAGUGAUUGGUUCAUUGGACGUAAAGUUUCAUAAUUAUUGUAAAUGUCAUAUCUUUCAGAUAUAAUAUCUAAUGGAGAUACAGCUGUUUUAUUCGGACAGGAUGCCUCACUAUCUUGUGCGCUACUAAGCGCGUCUGGAGUCAAGCAAGUCACUUGGCAGCGGGUGAGGGCUGAUGAAGGCGUUCAAAAUGUGGCCACAUUCAGCGAACGUUUCAAGGAUCAUGUUGAUGAUCAGUAUGUCGGAAAAGUCACUUUCACCGUGGCCUUAUUUAAUUCAACGUCCAUUUUGAUAAAAAAUGUAACAUUUGAAGACGAGGCUUGCUACAUUUGUUCAUUCAAAGUGUAUCCAUUAGGACCCAAACGGGAAACUCUGUGUCUCACUGUUAAAGGUAUAUCAAAAAUAUCAGCAACGAUGAAUCCUGGACCCAAUUCUGGUGUUAUAGUCACAUGUUCAGCCACUGGUAAACCAACUCCAACACUCCAGUGGAAAUCCAGAGAGAAAGAGCUGAACCUCAAACUGUUUAAAUCAAAUAAUUUCACAGUUCUCAACAAUGACAGUUCAACCACCACUACAAGUAACCUCACACUUCCAAUGUCACAGUUCCAAGGGAAGUAUGUAGAAUGUUUGGCUGAAAGUGGCAGCAUGGAGGACAGUCUCCCAAUCUAUGUGCCUGGAGAAGAAAAUAUUAACAGUGAAAAUAACACCACAUUAAGAAAUUAUAUUAUUACAAUUGUGGUCCUGUUUGUCAUCGGUGUUGUCAUUACUGCCAUCUAUUGCUACACCAGGUAAAACGAUUCGAAAGAAGUGAAAAGAUCUGCUUGUACUAAAUUAAAUGUGACAUGUUUCAAGACUGCACAGCUGCCACUUAAUACAGCAAUCUACACAUCUUUGGGAAUAUCUUUGUUGUCUGUGCAAAAGGUCACAUCAUGUUUACAUUCCUGGACAAGUUGUGUUAUAUAAUUUCUAUCGGGAAGACACGCUGACUUGAGUGAGCUUUAAGAUGCCAUUUAUUUGAUGAAUGUAAAACAGAAAAGUAAUGUCUCUCUUUGGCGUUUGGCAGUCCGAGGGAGUUGUACUCAGAACCAUUAUAUCCUGCCGGAGAUUGGAGGCAGGGGCGAGGAGCCUACCCCCAUGCGGGACGGGGCUUAACUGGUGGUGGUGGGGUGGUAGAGGUUCCCGUGUUAGGACACUGAAACAGCAAUGUGAUAGAUUGUGAGUCGGUGGCGUAGUGGCUAAAGCACAGGGCUGUUAAUCAGAAGGUCACAGGUUCUGACCCCACGGCCACCACCAUUGUGUCCUUGAGCAAGGCACUUAACUCCAGGUUGUUCCAGGGGGAUUGUCCCUGUAAUAAUUUCACUGUAAGUUGCUUUGGAUGAAAGCGUCUGCCAAAUGCGUAAAUGUAAAUGACUAAUAAAGCAAUGGCUUACAUGCGAUUGGCUAGGAGUUACCCAAAUAAUUAUGUGAUGAUGUACAGCUGCUAGUAUAAUAUUGAUUGUUAAUACUAAUGAAUAAUAGAGUCAUAAAAGUUUGUAAGAUGAUUCACUGUCUUUACUUAAGUCUGAAAGAGAUACUGGUAACAUGAUGAUGUCUCAAAUUAUGUUUUUCUCCCAAACAGUUUUUCAAGGAUCCCGAAUUUUCCAUCUGCACUUUAAUACCAUAAUGUUUUGUAUUUUCUGUAUACUUAAUUUUCUGUAUUAUUUAUUGUAUGAGUAAUGUGUAUUAGAAUUUAAAGGAUUCAAUGUGACCUUACAA